AUGUCAGACGUUCAUAUUGACGCCAACUUGUUCUACAAAAGAUUGGCAAUCUUGCAAAAAACACUAGAGGAUGAGUCAAUCCCACAGGGGUUGGUCAUUGUUGGUGCACGUAGUGAUGACAACACAUACAAGAAAUCUACCGUUUUACAAAAUUGGUUAUUAGGUUACGAAUUUGUUCAUACAGCAAUUUACGUGUCGCCCACUAGAUGCAUUUUCAUCACCUCAGAAGGAAAGGCCAAAUACUUGAGGGGUUUGACUAAUAAACCAGAUACUGUUGAACUAUGGACCAGAACUAAAGAUCCGGAGAGAAAUAAACAAUUGUUUGUCGAUUUGAUUGCUGAUAUGAAGAAAGUCAGUGAUGAAUAUGGCACUAUUUUGAAAGACAAGUAUGAAGGUAAAUUUGUCGAAGAGUGGACUGAGGCAAGCAAGGAUUCGGGGUUCAAAGUUGUCGAUUUGGCGUUAACUUUAUCUAAAGCAAUGGAAAUUAAGGAUUCAGAAGAGUUUGAAAACACCAAAAUUGCUUCGAAUGCUAGUGUAGCUAUGAUGGACACAUUUGUAAAUGCUAUGACUGCCAUUGUUGAUGAGGAUAAGAGGGUCACAAACUCGCAAUUAACUGAUCAAAUCGAGGACAAAAUUGACAAUAAUAAAUGGUACUUGAAGUCUAAAUUGGGAAAAAGUUUACUACAACCAAUCAAAGGUUUCGAUCCAGAGUUUUUAGAGUGGUGUUAUUCACCAAUUAUUCAAAGUGGUAAUGAUUUUGACUUGAAACCAAGUGCAAUUUCUAAUGAAAAAGUGUUGGUUGGUGACGGUGUUAUCUUGUCGUCAAUUGGGUUAAGAUAUAAAUCGUACUGUGCCAAUGUUGGAAGAACUUUUUUAAUUGAUCCAUCAAAGGAAAUGGAGGGUAAUUACGGAUUUUUGUUGAAGUUGCAACAAUACAUUGCUAGCGAGUUAUUAAAGAGUGGUGUCAAGGCAAGCAAGGUAUAUCAAGAUACUUUGGAAUACAUCGCAAAGGAAAGACCUGAUUUGGCAGACAAAUUCACUAAAAAUUGUGGUUGGUUGAUUGGUAUUGAAUUUAGAGAUUCCACGUUUAUCUUGAACGCUAAAUCUGAGAGAGUAUUGACUGAUGGACAAAUAGUUUCCUUAACCAUUGGAUUCCAAAACUUACCAAACAAGAACAAGACUUAUUCCAUUCUUUUGACUGAUACAUAUAAAAUCAGUGUUGAUAAACCAAUCUUGUUGACAAACUACCCAAAAGCACAGCUGGAGGUAUCAUUCUAUUUCAAUGAUGAGGAUGAUGAAAAGAAGGUUAAACCAGAGAGGAAACCUGUUGAAAACCUUGAUGGUUCACAUAAAACCAGGCAUCAAAAUGUCAAUGAAGAUGAUAAAAAUGCUGAAAAGAUUAGACAAGAAACACAAAUGAAAUUACAUGAAAAGAGAACAGAGGAAGGUUUGGCUAGGUUCUCCAAAGCUGAUGCCACUGAUGCCUCCGAUUACAAGCCAAUCUUCAAAAAAUAUGAAUCGUAUGUACGUGAAUCCCAAAUUCCAAACAGCGUGGCAGAUUUGAAGAUUCACAUUGACUAUAAAAAUCAAACUAUCAUAUUGCCAAUUUCUGGAAGACCAGUUCCAUUCCACAUUAAUGCUUACAAGAGUGGUUCCCAAAAUGAAGAAGGUGACUACACCUAUCUUAGAUUGAAUUUUAACUCCCCAGGAGCUGGUGGUAAUGUAACUAGAAGAGCAGAAUUACCAUAUGAAGACUCACCCGACAAUACAUUUUUAAGAUCUAUCACCAUCAGAUCUAAAGAUCGUGAUCGUAUGGUUGAUGUUUUUAAAGCAAUUCAAGAUUUGAAGAAAGAUUCAGUCAAGAGAGAACAAGAAAAGAAACAAAUGGCUGAUGUUGUUGCUCAAGCAAAUCUUGUUGAAUUAAAAGGUUCAAGAAUGAAGAAAUUGGAAAAUGUGUUUGUAAGACCUACACCGGAUACAAAGAAGAUUGGCGGUGUUUUACAAAUCCAUGAAAAUGGUUUACGUUAUCAAUCAAGUUUCAAAAUGGAUCAAAAGAUUGAUAUAUUAUUUUCCAACAUCAAAAACUUAUUUUUCCAACCAUGUAAAGAUGAAUUGAUUGUUCUUAUACAUUGUCAUUUGAAAAAUCCGAUCAUGAUUGGAAAGAGGAAAACUUUUGAUGUUCAAUUUUAUCGUGAAGCUAGUGAUAUGGCGUUUGAUGAAACCGGUGGUAGAAAGAGAAAAUAUAGAUAUGGCGAUGAAGAUGAAUUGCAACAAGAACAAGAAGAAAGAAGAAGAAAAGCAUUAUUGGAUAGAGAAUUCAAACAAUUUGCUGAAUUAAUUGCUGAUAGUUCUAAUGGACUUGUUGACUUGGACAUACCAUUUAGAGAAUUAGGUUUUCAAGGUGUUCCAUUCAGAUCCUCAGUAUUGUGUAUUCCAACGAGAGAUUGUCUUGUUCAAUUAAUCGAUCCACCAUACUUGGUUGUGGCUUUAGAAGAAGUCGAAAUUGCCCAUUUGGAAAGAGUUCAAUUUGGAUUGAAAAAUUUUGAUUUAGUAUUUGUGUUUAGAGAUUUUGCUAAACCGGUUGUUCAUAUAAACACUAUUCCAAUGGAAUUACUAGAAGAUGUGAAAAAUUGGUUGACUGAUGUUGAUAUCCCAAUUAGUGAAGGUCAAAUGAAUUUGAAUUGGGCCCAAAUUAUGAAGACUGUUCAAGCUGACCCUUACCAAUUCUUUUUAGAUGGUGGGUGGUCUUUCUUGACCGGUACUGGAGAAUCGGAUGAAAGUGAAGAUGAAGAACAAGAGAGUGAAUUUGAAGCCAGUGAUGAAGAUCCAGAGGAUGAAAGUGAAGAAAGUGAAGAGUAUGGAAGUGAUGAAGAAAGUGAUUUUUCAGGUAGUGGAAGUGGAAGUGAUGCAGAGAGUGAAGAAAGUGGUGAAGAUUGGGAUGAAAUGGAGAGAAAAGCCGCCAAAGCUGAUCGUCAAGCAGCAUUUGACUAA